AUGAAAUCCGUAUAUUAGGACAUGUUAAAUAGAGCCUAUAAUACUCUAUUCCACCCAUCCGUCUAGUGGUUUAGAAUUCUAACACCAGGUUACAAUAUUUUCAGAUACCCUGCACCAGCAUCCGAAUAAAUUAACCAUGUCGAACAUGAUUUCAAAACUCCUUAUCGUGACUCCAAAUAUUAUGUCAGACAUGAUGAUCCUGUCAUCGAGAGAGUAGCAAAGUUUACAUUUACAGAUCCUCUCAAUGAAACCCCAACAGAAAAAUUGGUCAGAUUAAAAUUACUUACUAAGGACCAAGUCAGCAAUUCAGAGGCUGUAUAAGCUGCAACUCAACUCUACGAAUAAAAAUACGGAUUGCCUUUAUCUCAAAGGGUGUAUUGCAAUUAAGUAGGAGGUGGAGAUGCUCUCUAAGACUUCUUCUAAGGCGAAAACAUCAGAGAAGUCAUGGCCAGCUUUGUGAGAGAAUAAUGGGAAGAAGUGAAUGAAAAUGCUCUUGAAGACUUAAACUGUACCAAUUUAGAUGAUGAUUAUCAUCCGACUUUAAAUGAAAAGGUGGGAUUUAAUCUUUAAGAAAAUGACCCUGUUCACAGAUAACUAACUAUUGAUCUACACACUAUAGUUAAAAACAUUGGCGAAAAAACAAAAUAAGAGGGCCAUCUUACUUUUUUCAGAGGCGAUCCCAAUUAUUGGCAUGUACUCGAUAAUAGUUUCCCCGUGGAAUCUAUUAGAUUGAUUCAAAAUACUUUGGGUGAUGAAGUCUCCUAAUUAGAUCCAAAAGCAUUGUCAAAAUAACACAACAGAGAAGAUUAUCACAUUGAACAAAAGGUUUAAGUUCCCAUAGAAAAUAAAUAUUAUUCAUGAAAUCAUAAAUAAAAUAAAAUAUUUAUUCAGUAUAAUCAAUAUUUA